AUAUAGGCGCUGGAGGCGAGGAGCAUCUUUAUUAUAGAAGUCAUUUAGAGGCGAGCGGGAGGCAGGAGAUCUGCAGGAGCGCAGGAGUUACCUCUCCUUUUCAGUUUUUCUGCUCGAGCCCGACUGCACCCGCGACACCGGUUGCCAACGACUCUUUCGCGCAGACUGCGUCUGGCAGCGCUUUCCAGCCCGAGGCGUCUCCUCAGAAAACCUGCAAGACGGAGCCAAACGAAGACGACGGACAACGACCCUCCCUGACCUCCGCAAUCAUGAUGUCGAUGAACAGCAAGCAGCCUUUCAGUAUGCACCCCAUCCUCCACGAGCCCAAAUACACCCCUCUGCACUCCAGCUCCGAGGCCAUCCGCAGGGCCUGCCUGCCCACGCCGUCGCUGCAGGGCAACAUCUUCGCCGGGUUCGAUGAGACGUUGCUGCAGAGGGCUGAGGCUCUGGCCGCCGUGGACAUUGUAGCCCAGAAGAGCCACCCGUUCAAGCCCGACGCCACCUACCACACCAUGACCACCAUGACCAGCAUGACCUGCACCCCGACUUCAUCCUCCGCACACCUGCACCACCCGUCCGUGCUCACGUCUCACCACCAUCCGGCGCACCACCAGCCGGCACAGGGUCUGGAGGGCGACCUGCUGGACCACCUCACGCCGGGCAUCUCCCUGGGAGGCAUGCCGGGCUCGGACGUAUGCUCCACGGCCUCGCACACCGCCCACGCCGCCCACAUGUCGGCCAUCAACCACAUGCAGCACCACCACCAUCCGCAGUCCAUGAACAUGCACCCGCACGGACUCGGCUCCCACGGCUCCCUGGGGGCCGCCGGCGGAGAAGCGGAGCCCGACCCGCGCGAGCUGGAGUCGUUCGCCGAGAGGUUCAAACAGCGGCGAAUCAAACUCGGGGUGACUCAGGCGGACGUGGGCGCGGCCCUGGCCAGUCUAAAGAUACCGGGGGUCGGAUGUUUGAGCCAGAGUACCAUCUGCAGGUUCGAGUCCCUGACGUUGUCGCACAACAACAUGGUGGCCCUGAAACCGAUCUUGGAGGCGUGGCUGGACGAGGCGGAGCGCGUGCAGAGGGAGAAGAUGUCCAAGCCGGAGAUUUUCAACGGGGGCGACAAAAAGAGGAAACGCACGUCCAUCGCGGCCCCGGAGAAGCGCUCCCUGGAGGCGUACUUCGCCGUGCAGCCGAGGCCCUCGUCGGAGAAGAUCGCCGCAAUCGCAGAGAAACUGGACCUGAAAAAGAACGUGGUCCGCGUUUGGUUUUGCAAUCAGAGGCAAAAGCAGAAACGGAUGAAGUUUUCUGCCACGCACUAAAACCAAGCGGGGGGGGGGGUGCCGUUUACGCACCAGAGACGCGCUGCUGCUGCGCACUGUCAGAAAACGAAGUACACCGUUGUGCCUGGACCCGUUUGACUGACAGCCAGGGCCUCGGCGGCGCGCACAGCACGCGCAACGAGUCGUUUAAUCUAAUAUCGAGUCUUGCUCAUUGUAAGAUUGUUUUUCCUCCCUUUUCACUAAGUGAUUUUUCGGUUUGUGGGUCAAAUGAAAUCAGGGAGCAUCGACAGUGUUAAGAUGCUGCCACGUAGUCCUUUUAAUCAACAGAAUUUGUUAUUUUUCAUUAUUUUUAUUUAUAUUUUCCGAAUAAAAACGAAUAAAUGUUUUGUUAGGGGUUCUUACAGUGUUGUCCACCUUGUAAAGGAGCAGCAGCUGUUUGUACCUGAAAUCCAGCUGUGGGAGCCGUUUCACGGAGAGUAUUCAACCCAAGGCACCACCUUCUGCUUCUGAAGCAGAUGCAGACACGAACCUGGAGUGUUUCAGCUUCGUAGUAGAUAAAUGUGGAGACGAGGCGCCCAGUGACUGUACGCUCAGUAUAAACAGGGACCGAUUUAAGGUUUUUUAACAGGUUCAGCCUCGCCAAGCGUCAAAAACAACAGAUUCCAGCGGUGUACCUUCUUUUAUUCUGACAGUGCAGACGGAACCCCAGGACUGAAGGAAAAGAGACUGAAGCCCUGUCCAGAACUUUUUACUUUUUCUGACACGUUGGCUACCAAUGCAGCAGGAAAGGAGGGGAACAUGAUCCGUCCCGUUCAUUCAUAUGACAAUUAUUGUACAAAAAAUAAGAAUAAGAAUAACGAGAAUCGAGGAAUAAUUGUUAUUAUCCUCCUUAGUCGGAAUAGCUUUUUUAUAUUUAUCAUUGUACAUAUUUGUGAAUAUGUUGCACCUCCAUGUGUGGAAAAGCUCAUUGAAAUGUAUUGAAUUUCCGCUGUCUUUUUCCCCAGAUGUAAGUUUCCGUAGGGAAUUGGAUCGUUCAUGAGGAGAUCAGACCAAAAAGUCUGAGACUAAACUAUGAGGCACAACGAUACUGUAAUCCAUUGCAUGGUUUACUUGUAAAGGGGUACAGGGGUGUUUUCUGUGCGUUAUACGAACUAUGAAGCUCACCCUUCCCGAAGUGAAUGCAUUGCAAUAAGAAGAAACACACACGUACACACACACACAUACACACACACAUACACACACACAACCCCAGGCACGAAUAUACACAUUCACACGGUAUAGCUGUGUGUCUACCUCAUUACGCAAGUGUUGGCACGUCCAUGGUGUUUUACAAACCACACACACACACACGCUUAAAAAACAAGUAGGCUCAUUUCAGUUUGUUUUACAACGUGUUUAUUUUAUUUCCAUCUUCCACUGGUUCAAUUGUGAAUUAGGCCUAGAAGACUCACUGAUGUGUAAAGUGUAUGUUCAAGUUCACUGCAAUGAUGCUUUGACAAUCAAUUUAUUAUUAUUAUUAUUAUUAUUAUUAUUAUUAUUAUUAUUAUUAUUAUUAUUAUUAUUAUUAUUAUUAUUAUUAUUAUUAUUAUUGUUCUUAAUAUUAAUAUUAAUAAUAUUAUUAUUAUAUUGCUGUUGUUCUCACCCUUUGUCUCCUCAUAAUUAGUUAUUUGCUUAUUAUUUAUCACUGACACCUUUGUGGAGCGCACUUUGUAGAUAUUCAGAUGAAGGGAAAGAGUCGGCCUUAUUUAUACAUGUUUUCUUUGCAAACGUUCGUUUUUCUUUACACUGCCUUUAUUUAUUUGAACUUAAUUUAUUUUGGAGAAAAAAAACCGUUUCAUUUGUGAAAGUGUGCUUUAAAUGUGUCUGUGUAAGCGACAGAAGCUGAAAUAAACCGUGCACGUUUUA